CUCUCACCUCGUCCUUGUUUCCCUGCUGCUGGCUCUGCUGCUUUGCUUGCCCAAACCCAACACUCGUUCAGCCGCGCUCGUUUCCUGCUGGCCUCGCCUCGUCUCGUUCCCACGAGCCAGAGCCUUGUGGUGAUACGACGUUCGUUGCUCCGCUCUCCUGUGCACACAGACACAAACACUCCCACUCCCACGCACAACACACUGACCCUCGCUGCGGAGCCUCUCUCGCUGGCCACUUCGCACCGUCCUCGUCCUGCACCUCGCAGUCACCCGAGGCCGUGUCUGUUGACCAUCAUCAGUUUCCAUUCGCUGCCUGCCACCACCGCCUCUGCUGAGCGACGCUUGCUGCCCUUCAUCACCGUCUCCGAGCCGCUUUUCGCGCGCCUGGACGUUCCGGUCGCUCCCUUCCGUGACCAAGACCGUGUUUAGACGUGAAAGAGACGUACUUGGCAAUCGACGCUUUGGAUGUUGCGGAUCUGAGAAACAGGAGGAAGAUCGGGCCAAGAGGGAAGCUAGAAGGACACUUCAGCAGGAUACCGCCCAACGAGCUGGGUUGGCAGGAACCAACCUUCCAGAAACCCUUAUUUAGUUCAUAAUGUCGUCACACAAUUCGCCGCGUCGGGGCGGCAACAACACAGAGGGCAGAACGCCUACACGCCGCAACAACGAUAUCGAGAGCUCGCCCCGUCCUCCCGUGUUCGCGAGCCCAACAGCAGCGCCCGGCUCGGGGAACCGACCUCGCCAAAGCGGCUAUAAUUCCUACGCUCAUGCUGCUCCCCAGCAUCGACCAUCUGAUGAUCGCUCGCCGAUGAUAGGGUCUUCACAGACUCCGAGCGAACGGCCCCAUGGCGGCGACGUGUCGCGCAAGAAGAGUCUGAUCAAGCCUGAGCGUCGGCGCAACGACUCGGACGACCCCAACUACCAUUACCGCAAACACGCCCAGCGCAUGGCGGUACAGCCCUCAACCACAGGCCAUGAUCCUAUCAUGGAAGACCACGAAGAGUCUGCGGAUGCGAACAGCCCGUUCGCCGAUCAGGGGAAUCGGCUCACACGGUCGUCAACGUCGCAGAGCCCUCCCAUGAAGGAGAAGUUCCACGAUGUCCCACUCGACAAGAAGGAGGGGGGAAAGCUGCGCAGAAGCCACACGCAGAAGGAGCUGAAACGGCGUCAGGAGCGCGAGAUGCGGGCGCGCGAUGCGGCGUCGGUGAGGCCGCCGAGCUUGUGGAACGUGUAUUGCGCCAUUGUGACGUUCUGGUGCCCCGAUGCCGUUCUGCGCUGCUUCGGAAAGCCGCAGAAGGCGCAGCAGCGGGCGUGGCGGGAGAAAAUGGGCCUCAUCAGCAUCAUUCUCCUUAUCUGCACGUUCGUUGGCUACAUCACCUUUGGCUUCACGCAAACCGUGUGUCCGCCGGGCCAGUCGAAUCGGAUUCGCGUCAACGAAGUGGACAAGGGUUUCAUGAUCUUCCACGGCAACGCAAUCGAUCUGUCGCACUCGCACCAUCCGCUCGCCCGCGGCAUCCCCGACGGUGCCAACGUCUGCUUCGAUAUCCCGAACGACAGUGGACAGUUGGGAUGGGGAGGAUAUGACGGCAGCUUCUUGUUCCAGAAUGUCAAUGGCGCGUGCAAGGGUUUGAUCACCAAGAAGGCCGCGGAUCUACCUAGCGACGGCGAGGACGUGGCUUGGUACUUCCCCUGCAGACCCUUCAAGCAGGACGGCUCUAGCAAGCCGAACGACACCCAGCCUGUGUAUGAGGGAUACGCGUGCCACACCUCUAUGGAUGCUCGCAAAACUUUCUACGACCUGCACAUCUUUGGCAACGUCUACUUCACAUGGGAUGACGUUCGCAAUUCCAGUCGUGAGUUGAUGGUGUACGGUAGCGACGUGCUUGAUCUUUCGCUCAUCGACUUCAUAAAUACAACCGCGGUGAACGUGCCCGAGAAGUUCAACGAGAUCCGGCACAACACCGCUUUGCUUGGCUUGGACGUGACACGCUCCUUUUCGUCGGCCUCGGACAAGCAGGUUGCCAAGUGUCUCUCGCAGAUCAUCAAGGUUGGCUCCGUUGACACCACAUCCGUAGGCUGCAUCGCCUCCAAGGUCGUGCUCUACGUCUCCCUCACCUUCAUUCUGUCCAUCGUGCUGGCUAAAUUCUUCCUCGCAUUGGCUUUCCAAUGGGUCCUUUCUCGCAAGUUUGCUGCCGACAAAGGCGUUCGGAGCUCCAAGGAACGACAGCAGCAAAUUGAGGAAUGGUCGGAUGACAUUUACAGACCGCCACCGAAGUUGACGGAUCCCGUAGCCAGCUAUGCUGACCGCUCUAGCAAGAGAGGUAGCAUGCUGUUCCCAACUACGUCGAGAUUCACGAGUCCUUAUGCCAUCGAUCGUGCCACGGGUCGCCCGGGUUACACGACGAUGGCCAGCCAGAGCUCCACCUCCAAGCUUCUCGCAGUGGGUGGCGGCAUGUACAAGCAAGGAAAUCAGAGCCAGGGAACGCUUCCGACAGGCGACGCACGCUCGAGCGUCGUGCUAGACAGUGAAGGGCCGGGUCCCGCGGGGUUCAUACACGAAGCCGUCGUUCCACAACCCCCUCCAGAAUGGCAACCCUUUGGCUAUCCGCUGGCCCAUGUCAUCUGCCUGGUCACUGCCUAUUCCGAAGGUCACGAUGGCUUACGCACGACACUUGAUUCGAUCGCGACUACGGACUAUCCGAACAGCCACAAGCUCAUUCUCGUCGUGGCCGACGGUGUGAUCAAAGGCAAAGGUGAAACAGAGUCCACGCCGGACAUUUGCCUGAGCAUGAUGAAGGACCACGCGACGUUACCCCAGGAUGUGCAACCGUUCUCCUACGUUGCUGUCGCUAGUGGUGCCAAGCGCCACAACAUGGCCAAGGUGUAUGCGGGCUUCUACGACUAUGGAUCUGACUCUGCCGUCCCGCUCGAACGCCAGGAACGAGUGCCCAUGCUGCUUGUCGUCAAGUGCGGCACCCCAGACGAGGCAAGCAAGAGCAAGCCGGGCAACCGUGGCAAGCGAGACUCGCAGAUCAUCCUCAUGUCCUUCCUGCAGAAGGUCAUGUUCGACGAGCGCAUGACGGAGCUGGAGUUUGAGAUGUUCAACGGAAUCUGGAAGGUCACGGGCAUCUCGCCGGACUUUUACGAGAUGGUGCUCAUGGUCGACGCCGACACCAAGGUCUUCCCGGACAGCUUGACACACAUGGUGUCGGCCAUGGUGAAGGACCCUGAGAUCAUGGGCUUGUGUGGCGAGACGAAGAUUGCGAAUAAGCGUGAAAGUUGGGUCACCAUGAUCCAAGUCUUCGAAUACUUCAUCUCACAUCACUUGUCAAAGUCGUUCGAGUCCGUCUUCGGUGGUGUCACCUGUCUUCCCGGCUGCUUCUGCAUGUACCGUAUCAAGGCGCCCAAGGGCGGACAGAACUACUGGGUGCCGAUUCUGGCCAAUCCGGAUGUGGUCGAGCACUAUUCAGAAAACGUGGUUGACACGCUGCACAAGAAGAACUUACUGCUGUUGGGAGAAGAUCGGUACCUGUCGACCCUGAUGCUCAAGACGUUCCCCAAGCGCAAGCAGGUCUUUGUGCCUCAAGCUGUGUGCAAGACGACCGUUCCGGACAAGUUCAAGGUCUUGCUUUCUCAGCGACGAAGAUGGAUCAACAGUACGGUGCACAAUCUCAUGGAGCUGGUCCUGGUGCGCGACCUGUGCGGCACCUUCUGCUUCAGCAUGCAGUUUGUCGUCUUCGUCGAGCUCCUGGGCACGCUCGUCCUACCGGCUGCCAUCUCGUUCACCAUCUACCUCGUCGCCAUCAGUAUUAGGGCCGCUGUCGAGCACACCGAAGCGCCUGUCAUCCCUCUCAUUCUGCUCGCUCUCAUUCUCGGUCUGCCGGCUGUUCUCAUCGUGCUGACGGCACACCGUUGGUCGUACGUCGCCUGGAUGUUCGUCUACCUGCUUUCCCUGCCGAUUUGGAACUUUGUUCUGCCCACGUACGCGUAUUGGAAGUUCGACGACUUCAGCUGGGGUGACACGCGCAAGACGGCGGGUGAAAAGGUCAAGAAGGCCGGCUACGAAUACGAGGGCGAGUUUGACAGCAGUAAGAUCACGAUGAAGCGCUGGGGCGACUUUGAACAGGAGCGAAGAUUGAAAGGCGCAACCUCGACGGUCAACAGCUGGCCGACGCAGCAGCCCGGCUACGAACCGUAUCACGACAUGUAAACCUGACUACGGACUUUGCAUUGUGAGGAUCACAGCGGAGAAAGCUUUCGGGUGCCUCGCUUGUACGCUAUUGAUACAUGGACCAGCAUUCACGGGUGGGCAUUUUCUCGGCGCCAAGUGCAUAUUUGAGUUUCUGAAUUGCGUUGUAAUUUUUUUUUAUAUUCUUCUGUUUUCUGGUUACUGGGGGGGUGUGGAGGGAUUGAGAGACUCGGGCUUGCCGGGCGGCUUGGGCGUGCUCACUUGCGGUGCGCGAAUCGACGCUCUUUCCGGCUGAGGGGAACUGUACUUAAUUGGCGGAGGCCUGCAGAAGGCGAUCGAUCCGUUCGCUUCGCCCAUAUCUACAGGUCGACAGAUCGACAAUCGCUGUCGUACGUUGUGCGUGAGCGUGAGCGUGAGAAGAGAGUGAGGGCGCGCGUGCAUGUGCGUAGUUGUACAGAGAUAAGGAAUAAAAAAUGCGUCAACCGGCGGUACUUUCUAUGCGACCGACAACGAAACAGAAGGGCUGAUUUACAGGACGUGGCGCGUGGUCCGCUGUGUCGCACGGUAGGCA